CUCCCAGAACCUGACAACCCAGAGCAUGCACACAUGCUGGCGAAUGUGUGGAUGAACGCCACAAAGCUAGCAGAGUUGGUCAAGAGUGAAGGCCUGGUAUAUAAGAAAGGCAAGUUCUCGGCGAUUGAAGAAGCCCAGCUGAACACAGCAGUCGAAAACUACCGUGUGUCGAGAGGCCUUUCGCAGGAACAGCUCAACGAGAUUAUCUUCUCGAGAGAACGGGGCCGUGACACGUUCUGGUCUGAGAUCACGUCAUCCUUACACCUGCGACCAAUCAUUGCUGUGUACCAUCAUGUUCGUCGAACGCGACAUCCUAUGGGGCAACAAGGGAAGUGGAUGCCGACGGAGGAUGACCUCCUGAUUCAAGCUGUCGCUGACCUGGGCCAGCAGUGGGAGAAAGUCAGUCAAAGGGUUGGCCGGAUGUCUUCGGACUGCAGAGAUAGAUGGCGCAACCACUUGCAGGAUCGUGGCAACCGACGUUCGGGGGCUUGGACUAAGGAAGAGGAAGAGGAGUUGACGCGCAUAGUAACGGAGCAGAUUGCCCAGAGAGGCGGGGAUAUCGACAACGAUAUAUUCUGGGGUGUCGUCAGUCAGCGCAUGGGCGGGAAACGUGGCCGGCAACAGUGUCGCAUUAAAUGGACGGAUUCUAUCAGUACACAGAUAAAGAACCAGGGCGAACGGCCGCGGUGGGGUCAGACGGAUGCUUACAUCCUAGUUCACAAGGUUGAUUCUCUGAAUGUUCGCGAUGACUCCGAGAUUGAUUGGAAGCUGCUUCCGGACGAACAUUGGAACCUCUGGAGCGCACACUCCCUCCAGAGGCGUUGGCUAACCAUGAAGCGGGGCAUCAAGGGGCACGAGGAAAUGACGCAUACAGAAAUCAUGGAGAUCCUGAAGACUAAGAAAGCGCAUGCGCUGCCUAUGCCGACAGCAAGCAAGAAGAAGAAAAGCAAAGUGACGAGCGCGGCGGACGUUGUGGAUGCAGAU